AUGAAGUCGACGACGCUCCUUCUCGCCCUCGGCACCAUCAUCCCCACGCCCGCCGCCGGCCUGUCUCCCGGCAAACGCCAAGAUGGCUCGCCACGCGUGCUUGGUCUCAACCUGCGUCGCCAGGUAGUCCGCGACCCGAUAGCCAAUGAUGCCAAGCGGCUACGGAAGCGCGCCGGAUCAGUCAACGCUACCAUGGACAAUCAUGAGAUUCUCUACUUUCUCAACGGCACCCUGGGCAACCCGCCGCAGCCCGUGCGGAUGCACUUGGACACUGGCAGCAGCGACCUGUGGAUCAACACGGCCAAAUCCGACCUGUGCUCGCUCAAGUCGCGGCCAUGCGCCGCCUCGGGCACCUAUAAUGCCAACUCAUCCUCAUCUUACAACUACAUCGGAAGCUUCUUCAAUAUCUCGUACGUGGACGGCUCCGGCGCCUCGGGCGACUAUGUCACCGACACCCUCCGCCUCUUCGGCCAGGAGAUCCAGAACUUUCAGUUUGGCGUCGGCUACACCAGCACCUCGCCCCAGGCUGUCCUCGGCGUCGGCUAUCCCGCCAACGAGGCCCCCAUCGCGCGCUUUAAAAAGACGCAGUACGACAACCUGCCGGCCAAGAUGGCCAAGGACAGCAUCAUCGCCUCGAGUGCGUACAGCCUCUGGCUCAACGACAUCGACGCCCAGGACGGCACCAUCCUCUUUGGCGGCAUCGACAAGGCGCGCUUCAAGGGCCAACUCGUCAGCCUGCCUAUCCAGAAGGUCGACGACCAAUUUGUCGAGUUCUACAUCACCUUGACGGGCCUCAGCGUCGGCGGGACCACGGCGGGCGACAACAUGGCCCUUGCCGUCCUCCUCGACUCGGGCUCCUCCUUCACCUACCUGCCCAACAACCUGAUCCAGCCCAUCUACAAGGCCCUCAACGCCCAGUUCGAGCAGGGUGACGGCGUCGCCUACGUGCCCUGCUCACUGCGCAACCAAGACACAAACCUAACCUUUCGCUUCAGCGAUCCGGCCGUCAUCGACGUGCCCCUCCGCGAGGUGGUCAUCGACCCGACGGAGCUGCCCUCGGGUCGGCCCAUGGCCUUUGGCGACGGCACGCCGGCCUGCUACUGUGGCAUCCUGCCCUCUGACAACUCCAUCAGCGUCCUUGGCGACACGUUUCUGCGCAGCGCCUACGUCGUCUACGACAUGGGGAACAACAAGAUCUCUCUGGCCAAGACGAAUUUCAAUGCCACCGGAUCGGACAUUGCGGAAAUUGGCACGGGGGCCAACGCGGUGCCACAGGCCGUCGCGGCGCAGAAGCCGGUCGCGGCGACCUCGGGCAUUCCCGACCGGUCGUCGCGCAACGGCAACUCGAACAAGAAUGGCGCCGCGGGCGUCCCGGCGCCCUCGCUGGCCCCGGUGGCGCUGACCCUGGCCUUGAGCUUGCUGGUAGGAUUCGCUGGCUUUGUUUCGUGA